AGUGAAAUUAAGACGAGCCAGUGGAAGAGGGAGGGCUAGAAGGAAGAGGAAAAAAAAAGAGAGUGACUGACUGAGAAGAGGGAGGAAGCGAGCGGUGUAGUUUAGUCUGAACUCUCUGCGAAGCUGCUUUCGACGGGAGAAGAAGUUUGACUCACGGCGACGCUGACUGUGCCCUCCGGUUGUUGAUAUCUGUCUGAAAGGCGACCAGCAGCCAAACGCAGCCACCAUGUCGGAUGCAGACAGGUUUCUCUAUGUGGACCGUAAUCUGGUCAACAACCCACUGGCCCAGGCCGACUGGGCCACCAAGAAGCUGAUAUGGGUGCCCUCGGAGCGCUUUGGCUUCGAGGCGGGCUCCCUGAAGGAGGAGCACGGCGACGAGUGCGUGGUGGAGCUGAUAGACUCGAGUAAGAAGAUCAAGGUGAACAAGGAUGACAUCCAGAAGAUGAACCCUCCCAAGUUCAGCAAGGUGGAGGACAUGGCCGAGCUCACCUGCCUGAAUGAGGCGUCUGUUCUGCACAACCUGAAGGAGAGAUACUACUCUGGGCUCAUUUAUACAUACUCUGGGCUCUUCUGUGUCGUCAUAAACCCCUACAAGAACCUACCCAUCUACUCGGAGGAGAUCGUUGAGAUGUACAAGGGCAAGAAAAGACAUGAAAUGCCACCUCACAUCUACGCCAUCACAGACACGUCUUACAGAAGCAUGAUGCAGGAUCGAGAAGACCAAUCUAUUCUUUGCACGGGCGAGUCUGGAGCUGGUAAGACGGAGAAUACCAAAAAGGUUAUCCAGUACCUCGCUCAUGUGGCUUCCUCUCAUAAGACCAAGAAAGAUCAGAGCAGUUUCAUCCUGUCACAUGGGGAGCUGGAGAAGCAGCUGCUGCAGGCUAACCCCAUCCUGGAAGCUUUUGGAAAUGCCAAGACGGUCAAAAAUGACAACUCCUCAAGAUUUGGAAAAUUCAUCAGGAUUAACUUUGAUGUCAAUGGUUACAUUGUUGGUGCCAACAUUGAGACGUACCUGUUGGAGAAAUCCCGUGCCAUUCGCCAGGCCAAAGAGGAGAGGACGUUCCAUAUUUUCUACUACUUGCUCACAGGAGCAGGAGAGAGAUUGCGAAAGGAUCUCCUCCUUGAAAAUUACAACAACUACCGAUUCCUUUCCAAUGGAAAUGUCACGAUCCCGGGGCAGCAGGACAAGGAUCUGUUCACAGAGACCAUGGAAGCCUUUAAGAUCAUGAGUAUUCCAGAGGACGAGCAAAUUGGCUUGUUGAAGGUGGUGGCUUCAGUUCUGCAGCUUGGAAACAUGAGCUUCAAGAAGGAGCGCCACACAGACCAGGCUUCCAUGCCUGACAACACGGCUGCUCAGAAGGUUUGUCAUCUGAUGGGCAUGAACGUCACAGACUUCACCCGGGCCAUCCUGUCACCCAGAAUCAAAGUGGGCCGAGACUUCGUCCAGAAGGCUCAGACUCAAGAACAGGCAGAGUUUGCAGUGGAAGCUCUGGCCAAGGCCACAUAUGAAAGGAUGUUCCGCUGGCUUGUCAUGAGAAUCAACAAAGCUCUCGACAAGACCAAGAGACAGGGAGCGUCCUUCAUUGGCAUCUUGGACAUUGCUGGCUUUGAGAUCUUUGAGCUGAACUCAUUCGAGCAGCUGUGCAUCAACUACACCAACGAGAAGCUGCAGCAGCUCUUCAACCACACCAUGUUCAUCCUGGAGCAGGAGGAGUACCAGAGGGAGGGCAUCGAGUGGAGCUUCAUCGACUUCGGCCUCGACCUGCAGCCCUGCAUCGACCUCAUCGAGAAGCCUGCCAGUCCUCCUGGAAUCCUCGCUCUGCUGGAUGAGGAGUGCUGGUUCCCCAAGGCUACAGACAAGAGCUUUGUGGAAAAGGUGCUCCAGGAGCAGGGCACACACCCCAAGUUCUUCAAGCCCAAGAAACUGAAGGACGAAGCAGAUUUCUGUAUUAUUCAUUAUGCUGGCAAGGUGGACUACAAAGCGGAUGAGUGGUUGAUGAAGAACAUGGACCCGCUGAACGACAACGUGGCCACACUCCUCAACCAGUCCACUGACAAGUUUGUUUCUGAGCUCUGGAAGGACGUUGACAGCAUUGUGGGGCUGGAUAAGGUGUCCGGCAUGUCCGAGAUGCCCGGUGCCUUCAGGACCCGGAAAGGGAUGUUCCGCACCGUGGGCCAGCUGUACAAGGAGCAGCUGUCCAAACUCAUGGCCACGCUGAGGAACACAAACCCCAACUUUGUCCGCUGCAUCAUCCCCAACCACGAGAAAAAGGCUGGUAAACUGGACCCCCACCUGGUUCUGGACCAGCUGAGAUGUAACGGUGUUCUGGAGGGGAUCCGAAUCUGCAGACAGGGAUUUCCCAACCGCAUCGUCUUCCAGGAGUUCAGACAGAGAUAUGAAAUCCUGACUCCCAACUCCAUCCCCAAAGGUUUCAUGGAUGGAAAGCAAGCCUGUGUGCUCAUGAUCAAAGCCCUGGAGCUGGAUACCAACCUGUACCGCAUCGGUCAGAGCAAAGUUUUCUUCAGAGCAGGAGUCCUGGCUCACCUGGAGGAGGAGAGAGACAUGAAGAUCACAGACAUCAUCAUCAGCUUCCAGGCGUGGUGCAGAGGCUACGUGGCUCGCAAGGCGUUUGCCAAGAGACAGCAGCAGCUGACCGCAAUGAGGGUGAUCCAGAGGAACUGUGCUGCCUAUCUUAAACUCAGGAACUGGCAGUGGUGGAGACUCUUCACUAAGGUGAAGCCUCUUCUCCAAGUCAGCAGGCAGGAGGAGGAGAUGCAGGCCAAGGACGAAGAGCUGCACAAAGUGAAGGAGAAGCACUUGUUUGCUGAGCAGCAGCUUCAAGAGUUUUCAGAAAAACACGAUCAGUUGAACGCUGAGAAGAUGGCACUUCAGGAGCAGCUUCAGGCAGAAACGGAGCUCUGCGCCGAGGCCGAGGAGAUGAGAGCACGUCUGGCCGCCAGGAAGCAGGAGCUGGAGGAGAUCCUCCACGACCUGGAGGCGCGUGUGGAGGAGGAGGAAGAGCGCGCCUCUCAUCUGACGUUGGAGAAGAAAAAGAUGCAGCAGAAUAUCUCUGAUUUGGAGCAGCAGCUGGAUGAAGAGGAGGCAGCCAGACAGAAACUCCAGCUGGAGAAGGUCACUUUGGAAGCCAAGAUGAAGAAGAUCGAAGAUGAUGUGAUGAUUUUAGACGACCAGAACAACAAACUACUCAAGGAGAAGAAGUUGAUGGAGGAGAGAAUCUCUGAGUUUACCACCAACCUGGCAGAGGAGGAGGAGAAAUCCAAGAGUCUGCAGAAACUCAAGACCAAACACGAGGCUAUGAUCACAGACCUGGAGG